AUGGACAACAUACAAGAGACUGAACAGCAGCAAGGAUUAGAAAAUGGUGUUAGUGUUCAAAAAACAAAAUUAGACAUAGUUGCAGAAAAAAAACCACUUGAAGAAAAGUCGGAAUCUGUUGAGCAACAAGUAAUUGAUAAAAAGGAAUAUAAUGAUGGUGAGGAAAAUGGAAAAACAGAUUAUAUAGAGAAAGAAGAAGCGGAAUCGGUUCCAUUAGUGAACAAUAUAAACGAUGAUAAAGAAGAAACUGAAAGUUCAGUGCCAAAAACUGAGAUUAAUCAAUCCGAAUCUGCCGUUAAUGGUAAUAUUAAUGAUGAAAAUGAAUUAGUCAAUAGCGGUUCUAUUGUACCAACACCUCAGCGAGCAACAACACCUCUCAAAGAAAAUGUUGGAGAAAUUAAUGGUGAUGAUUUGACAGUAAAUGGUGCUAAUGUGAUUAACGGUAGUAGUGUACCUUCAUCAAAAAGAGACGUGCAGGAAUUAGAUCAAGACAACGAUAAUGAUGAAACAAAGAAAAAAAUUAAAUUUAAUGAUGAAGAAAAGAAUGGCGAGGUCUCCUCUACAGCAAGAAAUAAUAAUGAUGAAGCUGUUCAAGUUUAG